AUGUCACGGCAUUGUGAAUUCAUUCCCUGCUAUAACUGUGACCAGUGCUGCUUAUUGCAGGGGAGUUGUGCUGCUGACCUGUAUCGACACCCUCAACUGGAUGCAGACAUUGAGGCUGUAAAAGACAUCUACACUGACAGUGCUAUCUCUGUCAGGGAGUAUGGAACCAUUGAUGAUGUAGACAUCGAUCUUCAUAUUAACAUCAGUUUCUUAGAUGAGGAAGUUGCGACGGCAUGGAAAGUUAUCAGAACAGAACCAAUUAUUCUGAGACUUCGCUUUUCUCUUUCUCAGUAUCUCGAUGGACCCGAGCCGUCAGUAGAAGUGUUCCAGCCGUCAAAUAAAGAAGGUUUCAGCUUGGGCCUGCAACUUAAAAAGAUCCUGAGCACAUUCACCUCACAGCAGUGGAAGCACCUCAGUAAUGAGUUUCUCAAGGCCCAGCAGGAGAAGAGGCACAGCUGGUUCAAAGCCGGAGGGACCAUCAAGAAGUUCCGUGCCGGGCUCAGCAUCUUCUCCCCCAUCCCAAAUCACUUGACUCAUCAGACUGUGGCUGUCCCGGCGGCCAGGGCCCCAGCGCAGAUUACCACGAGGCAGCUGAUUGAAUUGUUUUUCUCAUCCCAGGCGGGCGGCCACUGCAAGAACAUUCCUACCUUGGAGUAUGGCUUCUUAGUGCAGAUAAUGAAGUACUCAGAACAGAGGAUCCCCACACUUAAUGAGUACUGCGUGGUUUGUGACGAACAGCAUGUCUUUCAGAAUGGAUCCAUGCUGAAGCCUGCUGUGUGCACAAGGGAGCUGUGUGUGUUCUCUUUCUACACUCUGGGUGUAAUGUCUGGAGCUGCAGAGGAAGUGGCCACCGGAGCAGAGGUCGUGGACCUUCUUGUAGCUAUGUGUCGAGCUGCCCUGGAGUCACCCCGUAAGAGCAUCAUAUUUGAGCCUUACCCUUCAGUUGUUGAUCCCAAUGACCCCAAGACUCUUGCCUUUAAUCCAAAGAAGAAGAAUUAUGAAAGACUACAAAAAGCACUGGACAGUGUAAUGUCCAUUCGGGAAAUGACCCAGGUACAAGAAGGAGGUGGGCGGGAAAGUAAGGCCAUAAUAUUUAAUCUUAUAGUUUUUCUAUUACGAAAAGAGAACAAAAUGUUUGUUUUUGUUCAUUUUUUUCCAGCGUUGAACAGCAAAGAUCGAGCCAAUACGAAAAAGCGAUUCCACGCUAUUACACUGUUAUAUUCACAUGGUAUUUGUUUUAUCUUCUUAUCUCUCCCUCUCUACACUUGCUCUAGUGGUUCCCAUAUAGAGAACUGGCACUCUGUUCUGAGAAAUGGACUAGUCAAUGCCUCUUAUACCAAACUGCAGCUGCAUGGGGCAGCGUACGGAAAGGGCAUCUAUCUGAGCCCCAUCUCCAGCAUAUCUUUUGGAUACUCAGGAAUGGGGAAAGGACAGCACCGCAUGCCCACCAAAGAUGAACUAGUGCAGCGUUACAACCGCAUGAACACUAUACCACAGAGCCGUCCCAUCCAGUCAAGGUUUCUUCAGAGUCGAAACUUGAACUGUAUUGCUCUUUGUGAAGUUAUCACAUCAAAGGAUCUGCAGAAGCAUGGAAACAUCUGGGUGUGUCCGGUUUCUGACCAUGUCUGUACUCGCUUCUUUUUUGUAUAUGAGGAUGGCCAAGUAGGAGAUGCUAACAUCAACACCCAAGAGCCUAAGGUGCAGAAGGAGAUCAUGCGUGUGAUUGGGACCCAGAUCUACUCGAGCUAAUGGAGGUUCACCAGCAGUGUUUGGAUCCAUACGUUUCUCUGUGGAAGGCACACAGGCAGGCAGACAGUUUUAGCGAAUGUUUUCAGCUGGGCUGUCCUCAGGCCUGAUAAUGAAGGAUGAGGGAGCUCUUAAGCACAUUAUUUCAGAAGUUGCUUUGUUCUGGUCUCCUUGUUUUCUUUUUUCUCCUUUUUCCAAAUUGUUACACCUUACAUGGUCAUUUAAUCUACAGUUAGGCUUAAUUGGGGUAAUGUCUUCUUUUCUCAUUUCAUAUCAUUAAAACAAGUGAAGAAAAAUGGCAGUAGUCAUCGGAUAUAUUAUCAACACACACUCUCCUGACCUUGGUUUCUUUUUUGCUGCAUUUUUACUGUUCCUUUGAACUCUUCAUCUCCAUUUAUUUAUUUAUUUCUCUCUGUGAAUAUAUAGUAAAACAAAUAACCAUUCCAAAUGAUAAUUGUUCCCUUUGUGGCAAACGAGUAAGUGAUGGAUUUACAUACACAUGGAAUUUUUUAUUUUUUUACUUUUGUGUUUGCAAAGUCUUUAUCCCUUUUCUUAUUAUACAGUGUUCUUUCAGUAAUGGUAUGAAUUAAUGUUUGUGAUAUGUUUAGCCCCCUGAGCAGCAAGUAUUGCACUGUCGUUUCAUCCCUGCAUACUCAAUGAAUCUCCCAGAAUCCAAAACACGAGGUGUUGGUUUGGUUUAGACUCAGAUCACAUACACAUUAAGCACUUUGCUUUUGAUGUGGGGGUUUACCAUGAUUAGAAUUUUUCACAGAACGAUUAAGACAGUUUUGAUUAAGGAUGCACUUUAAAUCUUUAGAACCCCCAAAUGUCAGAGCUCUAAAAAAAAAAGAAGAAGAAGCUUUGUUCUCUCUGGACGAAUUUGUGACAAAAAGGACAAAUGUAAUAAAAUUUCCUUAAGGAUUCAUAUAUUGAAAAAUUUGCUGUUGAUAUUUUUAUGAAAUUAGGACAUUAGCACUGUUUUUGCUCAUUUUAAAUGAAUUCAGUUUAUUGUUUUGGUAAAGAUCUGUUUCUCUUCCUUUCAUUCCACAAUUACGAUAAAGUGGACAGUGUUUUGUUGUGAUGACUUGCCGCUCCAUCAAGGUUUUGUCUUUGUUCCUGUUUUGAAGAAUAAUGGGAUUUGUAGUUCUUCAACACAAACAGUUAUUUCAAGCAUUUAAAAACCCAGUGGGGUGACUUUGGCUGUCAGGUUUGACCUUCAAAAACAGCAAUAUGCAGCAAAAUAUAUAGGUGAAAUUAUACACAUUACUCUUGUCUCACUUGAUGGGGAAAAAAAUGUUGAUCAGAUGUCAUAUAACAUGUUACAUCAACUACUUGAAGUUUGUUUUCUGUUUAAAAACUACCACAGUCUGCCAUAUACCCCUUUUUAAGUAGUCUUUACUACUUAAACAUCCAAUGAAUAUCUCAAUUUAAAAUGAAUAUUUUUGUGUAUGAACUACACUGACCAGUGGAUCCACAAACAAAAUCACCUGUACAGAAAAUCAUGGACAGUUUUCUAACUACAAACAUUAUCUAGUCCAGGUGAGCUCACGUCCUUCUCACCCCUAACGCAAUUGAGACUGGAUAUUAUAUAGAGGUGCAUGAAUGUGCAACUCUUUGGUUUCACGUUGGAGAAUGGCAAUGUUGUAUAGCUAAACAAGUUUAUCAGUUAGUCAUGUACUGUAUGUAUGUAUGUGUGGCUUUGUAUUUUCUUGACAUUAUAAUAGACAUUGCACUUACUCAGCGUUCGCCUAAACUGGACAAUUUGACUGUCCUUGGGCCUGCAGUAGACGGGAAGUGGUGAAAAAGACAUGAUAAAAUAAAUGUUAAUGGAAUCAGCAAGACUAAAAUAUCCAACAUCUUAACUGUGUUUGUACUAAGAUGGAUUUUGUCUUCUGAAACUGACCACUGAAUGGACUUGUGGGGCACAAAAACAAAACAGAUUGUACAUAAGGACACUGGAGAGCUUGUUGAAAUGUAUUGCCCAGAAAAAGAUGGACACAUACAGCUGACCCACUGUGGGACUUGGGACUCUUCUAACAGCUGAUGCCUGUUUUUGCCAAGACACUGAGUGUUUUUGAGAGUCGUUUCUCUCGCUGACUGUAACUGGUGAGUAAUGUUUUUGACGAUGAUGUUAUGACAGUGAUGGUGAUUAUGAUCGAGAUGAAAGGGGGGGCGAUGCAGACAAAAAAAUAAGAAUAAAGCCUGGUUUUGCACA